AUGGAAGCAAGACGACAGUCCUUAGUUAUUGAGUCUGACCAUCAUUCUUCAUCGCAAACCUUAUGGCCCCUUCGGCAAGCGCUCUACGCCGAAUCUGAGGACGACGAUGAAGAGAACGAAGACGAAUUAUCGCGAACUUGGUGGGUAAAAACUCGUUGGUUUCAGCGUCUAGUACAAGUAUGUGCGCUUGUCAGUUUGACUUCUACAGCCAUGAAUUCGCCAGAAACAUUUAAACAUAACAAUUCGCUGAGAUACAUAACUCUUGGCCUAGACAUUGUGGUCGCUGUUGUUUUUACCACUGAAAUGAUCGCGCAGAUAAACAUGUGGGGUCUGUGGCGAAAACAGAAGGCUUACUUCAAGAAACCACAGUCUAUUUUUAAUGCAAGCAUGGUUUUCCUUAUAAUGCUAUCGAUCUUGCUACAAAUUAUUGAAAUUUCUGGCUAUAUCCCUGAUAAUUACGUAGCAUUUUCGGUUCCAAGAGCCCCAAGAGCGUUAAUAAUAGUUCGGUUCUUCAAUGUGCUUAUUACAAUCAGCUUGCCGAAGUCGGUGGCUCGACGCUGUAAACGGCAAAUCUGGGCCGUCACUCUGUUCUUGUUGUAUUUUAUGGCGUUCGGUUCGAUUAUUGGAGUUCAAUUAUUCGGACGCAAAAACUAUUACUGUGUCAAGAAUGGAGCUGAUUUGAAUAAUCUGACAUACAACGAUCUGUUAUUGACUGACCAUCGCUGCAACAAUGUUACCGGCGAAACAGGAUAUUUCUGUCCACAAGGGUUUAGCUGUGUUUUUGUGGAUUUUGAGGAGAAGGAUAAAGAUUAUUUCGGGGACUUCCUGCUAAGUAUUUUAACAGUCUAUGAAAGUUCUACACAAGAAGAGCAAAAGGAAGUCUGCUUUUAA